GCGCUCCUCUCAGCCCCGGCGUCACUUGGGUGCCUGCGGUGGCGAAGGAAGCGGCAGGCGCAGCGGCGAGGAAGGAGACGCGAACAGGAGGCCGCCGACGUUCCCAGCAGCCCGGUCGCACCGCCGAGGGCUGUCGCCGCCAUGGAUUACGGGGAAGAAAUGGACCGUGACUAUGGGCAUGGUGCCUAUGGUGGCCCAAGAGCCAUGGACUCUUAUAUGAACCAGUCAUAUGGAAUGGAAAGUCAUGGAGGUGGUGGAGGAGGCGGCGGUGGUGCCAGGUUUGGACCUUAUGAGUCUUACGACUCCGGGUCUUCUCUGGGUGGGCGAGAUCUGUACAGAUCUGGCUAUGGUUAUAAUGAACCCGAACAAAGCCGCUUCGGAGGUAGUUAUGGUGGUCGAUUUGACAGCAACUACCGGAAUAGCCUUGACUCUUUCGGAGGUAGAAACCAGGGCGGGUCUAGCUGGGAAGCACCUUACUCACGCUCAAAGUUGAGGCCUGGGUUUAUGGAGGACAGAGGAAGAGAGAGUUACUCUUCCUACAGCAGUUUUUCUUCACCCCAUAUGAAGCCUGCACCUGUAGGCUCUCGGGGGAGAGGAACGCCUGCUUACCCUGACAGUGGAUUUGGAAGCAGAAACUAUGAUGCUUUUGGAGGACCAUCAACAGGCAGAGGCCGUGGCCGAGGAUACAUGGGAGAAUUUGGAGGCAUGCAUAGACCUGGAAUUGUGGUAGACUAUCAUAACAAACCCAGUAAUGCAGCAGUAGCUGCACGAGGAAUAAAGAGAAAAAUGAUACAGCAGCCGUAUAAUAAACCAGGUGGGACAUUUAUCAAGAAACCCAAACUGACAAAACCUAAUGUGAAGAUGAACCAAAACAAACCUAGCGUCAAGCCGGAAGUGAAAAAUGAAGAGGAGGAAAAACGUCGUAUUGAGGCAAGAAGAGAGAAGCAAAGGCGUAGAAGGGAGAAGAACAGUGAAAAGUAUGGUGAUGGUUACAGGUCUCUGUCUUCUGCCAGAAUGGCAUUCACCUGCUCAUUCUGCAAGUUUCGAACAUUUGAAGAAAAAGACAUUGAAGCUCAUCUGGAAAGUCCUGUUCACCAGGAAACAUUAGAUCAUAUUCAGAAGCUAACCAAAUUCGACAAGGUUGUGAUGGAGUUUCUACACGAAUGUAUGGUGAAUAAAUUCAAGAAGACCGCUAUGCGUAAGCAGCAGACUACUAGCCAAAUGGAAGCUGCCCAGAUGACUGAAAAAGAUGUUAUGGAAGGUGUCACGGCUGACGACCACAUGAUGAAAGUAGAGACUGUUCUCUGCUCUGCCUGCAGUGUUUAUGUUCCUGCUCUACACAGUUCUGUUCAGCAGCACUUAAAGUCUCCUGAGCAUGCAAAGGGGAAAACGACUUACAAAGAGCAAAUUAAAAGAGAGAGUGUACUAACUGCUACCAGCAUAUUGAAUAACCCAAUUGUGAAGGCACGAUAUGAGCGCUAUGUCAAGGGUGAAAAUCCAUUUGAAGUUACUGAUCAAACUCCCGAGCAGCAAGCGGAAGAAGACAAGGCAGACGAACCUGUGGAGGAGGAGGAAGAGGAAGCAGAAGCCGAGGAAGAAGAGGAAGCCGAGACUGGAGAACAAACCGACUUCACUCUUGACCAAACAGAGGAUGCUUAAAUGCGAGAAAUGUGCACAAGUAGAGGAAAAUGCCGCUUUCUUUUAUUGUUUCCGUGGCUAAGUGUAAAAUUCAUAGUAGUUAGAAAUAAGGCUUUUUACCAUCCCUACCCUAUGCAUGCAUUCCAUUUAAAUUGAAAAUGUGUUUGUUACUUUGUUUUUACCUUUGCUUAAAAUGAAGGUGAAGCUGUUUUUAGUUUAGCUUUAAUAGUAAGCCAGCUGUUGUUAGAUUCGAUUAAACAUUGUAUGGUGUAUGUGUUCUUAAUAUUGGUUUUCCUCUCUUGGUGUUGAGAAUUGGAUAUAAAGGAACUAGACCGUUUAAUCAUUUCAGCACAAAGGUAUUUCAAGUGAAUGCUACAGCUACUUCGUUUUAGAAUGCAUAAACUUAAAAAUUAUGUUGUGAGUGUGGCCGUCUUUUGGACUGCAUCACUCAUUGUAAAAUACAUGUUACGAUAUAUCUUGUAGUCUUUUUGUGAUACAGAUGUAUGUUUGUAGCAAUAAAGCAUUUUAGAAAUCUUA